AUGGAAGCCCACUUUAAUAUAAACAAUUCCAACUUCCCAAAACUAAUUUUGAAUGGAAACAUUGAGAUUGUUUAGUAUGUCGAUCAAGAAAGCUUUAAGAAAUUGAGAAAACCUAAAGCCAAAUACUCCAGAAUAUCCUAGCUUCCCAAUAAUUUGCAAAAACUAAAAUCCGACUCUCUAGUGCAUUCUCUAUUAUUAUGA